GCCGGCCUCACUGCGGGCAGGAAGGAGGGCCGCGGGCUUGGAGGACCCUGAGGAGACCAUGGGAUGCAGAGCAGGCCCACCCGGCCCGGCCCACUGUUCAAUCCCAGCCCAGCCUGCAGGUCAGGAUUGGAACCAAUUUUUAGUCGCUAUCAUUUACGAAUUAAAACAGCACAACACCCAUCUGGGGAAAGAAAUGAAAGCUAGGGGUACAGAGGGGCUAGCAAACGCCCUCCUACCCUAAUCUUCCCCUCCCACCUCUCCUCUGCUCCUUUGUCAGAAUCACAAAACCCUAAAGGUUGUUCCACUUGGGAAGGCAGCGGAUAGGUACAUUUCCGCAGCCCCGAAAUGCCACUUUUAUGGCGCUGUUUGUCUCCCUGUUCUGGGUUCUGAAUGGGGCCGAACAAAACAGCAGCGCGGAGCUGGCUAGACGUCUGGGCUUAAUUGUUUUAUGGUUUAAAUAAGGUGGACACUGUUUCCUUUGAAAUCGGAUUAUAGGAAUGUUUUGUCUAUGGCCCACGGAGAACAGGACCUCACUGGCUGAGAGGGAGAGGUGGAGAGCGCGCGCGCGAGAGGGAUGGGCUACAAACCAGGGGUCAAACAGCCUGGAGAAGUCAGAGUCCCACCCCAAAGUCCUGCAGGCGGCGGCGGAAUAGGCGGUGCGGGGCCAGCAUCAGGGUAAGAGGAGCGAGGACUUUAGGGUGCGCGCCGCGGGCAGGCGGUCGUGGGAGCCUUGGAGCUUGCAUCCGCUUUUGCGGAGAGGUUUCAAGCCCAGAAAUGCGCCUGAAUGAGGGGAGGAGAUCGCGGCAGUUGCUUUGCUUAGUGUCUCUUAAUUGUUGAAGGGAGGGUAACAAAAAAAGAAAACAGUGUGGAACCUUUCAAAGGUUUUAUUUCAAAGAACUUAGAAAACAAAAGAACAGCAGUCCUGGGGCAACUCCCUUCCAGGGAAUCUCUCUCCUGCGCACCGCUUUGGAGGCUCCUUCCUCCCACUUCCCACCUUUGGGCCAGGCCUGGGACCUCUGUUAGCUUUUUCCCAGCCGGACUGCAUUGGAGCAAAUGGACGCGAGGUGGCGCUGUUGCUCAAUGUUAGAGGCGGCGGUUCCCCAGGCCGCCCUGGCCGCAUUGACAUUUGAGGCCCGGCCCGCAGCGGCUGCGAGAAGGCCCCACGCCUCGGCCGGCCCGGCCCCACUGGCUCUGAGCAAAUCAAUUCUCUCACCUGCGAGGUGUAAAUAAUUCGCGAGUGGCAGCGGGAGAUGGGCCCUCGCUCUGGCAGCGGGCUCGGAAGGCUCAGGAGGGCAGGCGUCAAAAAUAAUCGCUUUGUGGAGGAGAUAAGUGCGAAGCAGGCAGCGCGUAAUUAACACAAAAAGGCAGAAUGACCCGGACAAACGAACAUAAAUCCGUGGUACCUAUGAGGGCGGUGCAGGCCUCGGGGAGAGGGACAGAGACGGCCUCGGCGAGGAUGGCUGCUUUCGGUUCCUUUAUUUCCAGGCUCAGGGAGCGGAAUAAACCAGAUAACGUGUAAAAGAAGACAAACAAACAAACAAAUGAAAGAAGGGCGAGCGACCCCCCAAAGGGGAAACCAAGUCCGGCCUGGGCUGAGGGACUGGUGGGCUUUCCGGGCAGGCGGUGGUGGCAGCACACUCGGGACAGUCGCAUUCCAAGACACAAAGGCCCGGAAGAAUAGCUCUGUGGCAGGGUUUUCGCUGGACCAUAAAAUGUCUAAAUAUCCCCCCCACCCCACCCCCUAAAUGAUAAGGCGCAGGCCCCACAGCGGAUCCAGCCCUCUGGGCCUCCUCUUUCCAGGCUGGGAAGAGAAAGUAUUUAUGACAGUCCCCAGUGACCCAGAUGCUGGAAGCCCAGAGUCCACUCUGCUCACCGCGGCACCCGAAGAGCAGGCUCAGAAAAGGCAGGGCUGGAGCCAAGGCUGAAGCAGGCUGUGGUAGGGGUACAGACGCCCUGUCCUGACCCCCACUGUUCUGGACCCUGGGGAGGCCUGCAGCCCUGGCACAGCCCUCUUCUGACCCUUCCCUCCUGCUGCUCCAGUGCCAGAGUUCUGGAUGUCUAAGAGUUUGGGCAGCUCCUGAGAUGGUGAGAUUCCCCAAAUGCAGGGGAUCCUGGAAGGAGCUCUUGCUGCCUGCACCAGUGAAUCUCCUUUGGGAAUUUGACAGAAAGUGGCCAUUUCCCCGGCCAUUAUUAUAACAGAGGGACUGGGGGGUGUGGGGGAGGCGUUCAUUCUCUCUCAACCAUCCUUCCCUGAACCGCCGUUCCUUCUUCCAUCUCCAGAGCUGGGAUCCGGAUGGGGAAGGAGAAUAUCUGGUUGUCUAACCACCUCCUUCCUCCUCCAACCCUGAAAUCCCCAGGAUGUGGAAGAAAAGCAGCGCCGCCACCGCCGGGAGUCUGAGGAAUUCGCCUGGGCUGUUAAAGGAAAGAGCUAAGUGAGAGAGCGCGAGCUCUACCUACCGACAGUGAGGAGCGCCGCCGCCGCCCGCUCGCCGCCCGCCGCCACCCGCGCCUCAGCCCCGGGAGCUCUGCUGAGCCGGCCGAGCUCAGCACCGAGGCGCCCCCCAACCUGCCCAGCCCCCAGCCCACCAGCCCAGCCCAGUCCCGGGGAGCCAGCCGGCCUGGGGUUCGGUCCCGGGGGGAGGGGAGUUUCGGGGGUACCGGGUGGGGGAGUCCUGAGCCAGAGGGGAGGGGGCCGCGGGUUUUCAUGUACCCAGCAUGAGCUCCUACUUCGUCAACCCCCUGUUCUCCAAAUACAAAGGCGGCGAGUCCCUGGAACCGGCCUAUUACGACUGCCGGUUCCCUCAGAGCGUGGGCAGGAGCCAUGCGCUGGUGUACGGGCCCGGCGGCUCGGCGCCCGGCUUCCAGCACGCUUCGCACCACGUCCAAGACUUCUUCCACCACGGCACCUCCGGCAUCUCCAACUCAGGCUACCAGCAGAACCCGUGCUCGCUUAGCUGCCACGGAGACGCCUCCAAAUUCUAUGGCUACGAGGCGCUCCCCAGACAGUCCCUUUAUGGGGCUCAGCAAGAGGCGAGCGUGGUGCAAUAUCCCGACUGUAAAUCCUCCGCCAACACUAACAGUAGCGAAGGACAAGGCCACUUAAAUCAAAACUCGUCUCCCAGCCUCAUGUUUCCAUGGAUGAGACCCCACGCUCCAGGGAGGCGCAGUGGACGGCAAACUUACAGCCGGUAUCAGACCUUGGAACUAGAAAAGGAGUUUCUCUUUAAUCCUUAUUUGACACGAAAGCGUCGGAUUGAAGUCUCUCAUGCCCUGGGACUGACCGAGAGACAAGUGAAGAUCUGGUUCCAGAACCGAAGGAUGAAGUGGAAAAAGGAGAACAACAAGGAUAAACUGCCCGGAGCGCGAGAUGAGGAGAAGGUGGAGGAAGAAGGAAAUGAGGAAGAGGAGAAAGAAGAGGAGGAAAAGGAAGAAAACAAGGACUAAGCAAAAAAGAGAGGCCCCCCCUUUUAGCAACUCCCUUGAAGUUUCGUUUUAUGGUAGCAGAUAAAUUGAGAAGUUUACGACUGUCAUUUGCUUUUAUAGAGAAUAGAAUGACACUCACAACUCUAACUACCUGUCAGAUACUUGCAGCUCUGGUUUUAUUACCUUUGGACUUCCCCCGCUCUUUAUUUGUUUGAGGGCUGGAGGGGGGAGACCGAGACACAGCGGAAAGUUCGGACUCUCCGUCUCACUCCCUGCCCCAACACACACUUGUCCCUGCCCCCACCCUUCUGUGUUCCUCCUGGAUUUUAAGGUCUGAGACCUGGCCUCCGUGCUCCUCGUCUGUCUCUUGCCACACUCCCACCUCCCUACUUCUCUGGUAUUUAUUUUAGAGUGGAGCCCCCUAGAAAUGCAGAAGAGGACUUGUGGUUUUGUUGUUAUGCUAAGACUAGUGGACUAGAUGUACUUUUGUUUUAAAAGGAAAGGACAGAAAAAAAUGAAGAAAGGAAGGAAGGGAAGGAAGACAAAUUUAAAGAAAUAAGGAAAAAAAGCAAGGAAUGUCUCCUCCCCUCCCCCUCCCCCACCCCGGGGCUCCCUGCUUAGAAAAACCCCCUUGACUUUCUCUAGGAACCUGAUGGAAACCUGAAGGAGAUGUGGGUCUCUCCCCUCCCCCAUCUCCAUAAGGGUAGAUAGGAGCCUGCAGACGCCUCUAAAAUCCUACCUAGCCAACCCAUGGUCACUCGGGCCCAUGCCUUCCUCUCCUUCACUAUUUGAUUUCUGUUCUGUUGGGCCCGGGUUCCUCUGAGCUGCAUUAGUGUUCGUGCUCAGAAAUUACCAUAAUCAUGAAAAUAAUAAUAAUACUGAUAAUAAAUCUUUAACAUACUACCUAAAGGGAACCUGCAAUAAUUUUGAAAAAGAAAAAGAGAAAAAAAAUUAAAAUCCUGCUAUAGGAGAAAAAAAGCGAAAAAAAAUAAAAAUCAAAAAAAGAAAGAAAGAAACCUCCAGCGUAUUUUAUCACUACCUAUAGAGAGAAAUCCUGCUUUGAGAGUAUUCGUAAUGCGGUUUUGUUGUCGUUUGUUGCUGCUUCUUUCACUAAGAAAACCCAACAACUGAGACUGCCUAGCCCGCCGGUCCUGUGCGCUUUUAUUGUGCUUCUAACCCCAGUAGAGUAGAACUAAAUUGCACUGAAUGUAUAGUUAACUCUGUCUUGAAUUCUCUGUUUAUGCAACGUGCUCGAAAGAAAAAAAAAACGUUAAAAAUAUAUCUAUAAUAAUAAUUUUUGGUCAUUUGUCUUUAUGUCCAGCUAUGAAUGUAGAUUUUGUGUCCCUACAGCCCUGUUCCUGGUCCAAGUACUUUGUAUUGUAUACGUGAGUCAUAAUAAAAAAAAAAAAAGAAGAAAAAUAA